UUAACCUGCCGCAUGCGACACGUCAAAUGUGAUGAACUUCAGCCCAUCUGCUCACAAUGCCAGAAAGGAGAUCGGGUCUGUCGGCGAGAGGGGAAUCAAAAUCUAGAGAUUCGAUCGUAUCAGACAACAGCGUCUCGUAGACAAAGAAGCAGCAUCCACGAGCAGCCGGUGGUCGUGACCGACUCUCGGCCAGAGAAGGACGCUACUCGUUCCCCUUACGACGCCCACGCUUCCCAUAAUCACCAUGUAGCUCAACCGUCAUCAACGAGCCUUACCGCACCAUCGAGCCUGUCACCCUGCUCAAUUUCUACCCCACAGCACUUUGCAUCCCCUGUACAGAGCGUCAGUACAGUUACUCCCUUCACGGUCCAUGAAGCAAGAUUGAUGCACCACUUUUCCCAGCAUCUGGGCCGAUGGCUCGACUGUACGGAUGCUUCGCGCCAGAUGACACUUGAAAUCCCAAAGUUGGCUGCAACAAACCCAAUCCUGUUGCAAGCUGUCGUGUCGUACGCUGCUAGCCAUUUACAAGACCGAUCCACUGCGGGAGAAGCUCACGAGCGAUGCGUUCGUAUGCUCAUUGUCGAGCUCAGCUCCGCAGAGAUCGCUAACGACACGGCGGUUCUAUGCGCCAUUGUGAUACUGCGUGUAUUCGAGCAGCUGAAUGUCGAUGAGACAGGGACUGACGCUGAGCAUCACCUCUCGGGAUCCUCAGCCUUACUGAGCAAGUCGCAAGGUUAUAUCAUCGAUCCUACGAGUCCAGGCCUACGCGAGGCCGCGUUUUGGGUCUAUGUGCGUCAAUGCCUUUACAACGCUUGUGUGUUUCAGCAACCACCGAACAUUGAUUUGCACCACGAGCUCUCGCCAACGCCGCAUUCAUGGGACGGAUCAAGUAGAUUAAGAUCUGAGACGGCUUGGGCAAACAGCAUGACCUGGAUCUGCGUAACAGUCGUCCAUUUCUGCUUCGGUAAAGACUCCAACGAACCGAGCGCUCGCAUGUUGAAGUGGCAAGAACUGUCAAUAUCGCUCGAAAGCUGGCGAAACACACGCCCUGACACGUUCGAUCCGAUCUGGCAAUGUGCGGAACCUACAAACGAUUGUCCUUUCCCCGAGAUUCGCUUCGUAGCUGACUGGCAUCUAAUGGCUUUCGGCUUCUAUUCUCUUUGUUGCAUGCUACUCCUAAUUUAUAAGCCAGCUCCUCGGUUUGCCAUCAGG